UACCGAACCGACAAUAUCUAACGGAUAACAUGUAAUGAAAAAACGCGCAAUCGUCGCGAGUUAAAAUUUCAAAAAAUACAAAAUAAAAAGUGAAAUUAAAUAAUAUCAAAAAUGUGAGUGUAAUUAAUAACAUCAAAUCAUGUCUGAAUUAAAUGAGGAGGUGUUAAAUGCAUCAGUAGUUGAUAAUCAGAAGGAACAAUUUGAAAGUUUCGCGCAUUUUGGUAAAUUUGCAACUUUUGGUGGAGGCGCCUCAAACUUUUCGGACUUGACGCGCGUGACAAUCUAUAAAAAUGUGUAUCGGAACGAAAGUGCGUUUGCGUUCGCGCCGACGGUUGUGCACCUCGACGACAAGGAAAACCCCGAAGAGUUUAACAACUGGUGGGCCUUACUUGCGUUAGUGUUAGUCAUCGGCACGGCAGCCGGAAAUAUCCUCGUCUGCUUGGCUAUCACUUGGGAGCGACGCCUGCAGAACGUCACGAAUUAUUUUCUCAUGUCAUUGGCCAUCACUGAUCUAAUGGUGGCAAUUUUGGUGAUGCCACUUGGGAUAUUAACGUUAGUACGAGGACAUUUUCCGCUGCCAUCUGUUUAUUGCCUGGCGUGGAUCUGCUUGGACGUGCUCUUUUGUACAGCGUCGAUAAUGCACCUCUGUACAAUCAGUGUGGAUCGUUAUCUUUCAUUGCGAUAUCCAAUGAAGUUCGGUCGCAACAAAUCGCGGAGGCGUGUCACGCUCAAGAUCGUCUUCGUCUGGUUGCUCAGUAUUGCCAUGAGCCUUCCAUUGAGCCUAAUGUAUUCCAAAAAUCACGACUCGGUGCUGAUCGACGGCGAGUGUCAGAUCCCCGACCCACUCUACAAGUUCAUCGGAUCUAUCAUUUGCUUCUACAUUCCACUGAUCGUCAUGCUGCUGACCUACGCGUUGACCGUGCGUUUGUUGGCCGAACAACGUCAGAAUCUAGGCACGCCGGAUUGGUCCAGUGGCUGGAUGGGUGGCCCAACUACGACAGCCUUGGAUCGUAGAUGUACAUGGCGUAAAUUAUUGAGAGUAACGCGCGCCCCAAGGGGUCCAACAACACCCCAGCAUCACCAUCACAGCGGGGGUGGUGGUGGCGGCGGCGGAAGCGGUGGUGUUGGUGGAUGUUCGGCUGCUUCCACUGAUACGGAGCUGACCACCAUCGACACGCACGAACUGUGGAUACAAGAAACCGACUCGCCGUGCACCAUGUCCGCUUUGGGGCAAUUCGGCGCUGAAAUGCUCAAACUCUCGCGCGGACUUGAAGCAGCCACCACUCAAACACGACCCUUAGCCACCGCUACCCCGACGAGAUGUGCGCGUUCGCCGCGUGGGAGAAAAACCGACUGCGAAAAUGCCACCAACAGCAACAAAUCAUCGACGGAAAAAGAAAACCAUGACUUGCUUCUAGUACCGGAUACUGUUUCGCCGUGGAAUAAACGUAGGCGAGCAUCAACUUUCCACGAGGGUGAUACACGCAACUGUCAGGAUGAAUCACCAACGUCCCGGUGGAAAUGCCGACGUGGUUCCAGCUUUCAUGGAUCUACAGAGGACUCCGAAUCGUCAUUACCAUUACCUCCGCCUUGCACUUGUCCGUAUUUCGGGUUUAAGAGAAGUGACAAAUCCCCAACUCCAAAACCCACCGAGGUCAAGAUUAUCUCGAGUGAAAAUAAUAGUCAAAUAAAUACAUCAGAGGAUGAUGCUGAUGAAGAUGAACGGGUCCUAAUGACUUCGCCACGUCGUUGUCACACCGGAACCACUUCCCCGACUAAUAUCGUAGUCACCUGGGAGAGUACCCGCAGACGGGGAUCUAGUUUCGGUAGUACAAGGACCUCUGCAAUAGCAAACUGCAGUUCUACUAGUAAUUCUACAAAUAGUCCAAGGACACCACUACUCCUGCGUAGAUCCGCGACUCUGAGACAGAAUGGUCAUGGUGGGAUGAAUGCCAGGGAUAAGAAUCCAUCAUCUCCUUGUUUGAUUCAACGAUACAGCGGGUAUACCAAUCAUAGCAGUCAUACCAGAGCAGCAACCAUUCGGAGUCACCAUAGUAGGAACUCCAGUGUAAUAUCAAGGAACUCCUCAAGACAUGGACGUAUCAUCAGAUUGGAACAAAAGGCCACCAAGGUCCUAGGAGUUGUCUUCUUCACCUUUGUAAUUCUAUGGGCACCAUUUUUCGUACUCAACCUACUACCAGUGGUAUGUGGGGAAUGUGAGAGACACAUCGACAACUGGGUGUUCCAAUUCGUCACCUGGUUGGGUUAUGCUAGUUCACUAGUAAAUCCAAUAUUCUACACGAUAUUCAACAAGGUGUUCCGGCAGGCCUUCAAAAAGGUCCUCCUCUGCAGGUAUCGCAAUCCAAAAUGGCGCCCGCAUAGAUGACCCGUAAGCACCAACAAGAAGCGCGUCAACGCCAACAAAACACAAACCUUUGACGUAUAGCUGUAGACGAGUGCGAUGGCAAAGUCGCACUCGGCGCAUUUCAAUAACAUACAGGGUGUAUCGUAAACUCGUUUGGAAAUAAUCUAUUCAUAGCAGUAAUAUUUAGAUAGAUACAGAAUAAAAUAGCAACCUAACAAACAUAUCUUCUAUUAAUUUUUGCUCAAAAUCGGCAAAAUCGCUAAGUGUACAUACAGGGUGUUCCAAUAACGGUGCCAUAUCGCAUGAUGCAUAUUAUCGCACACUUUAAACCGUAAGUAAAGUAAUAACUUAAACGAAAAGAGAUAGAUUUUUGUAUUUUUUUAAACGCUGUGAUUCGAAUCUAUAUCUUCUAUGUGUGAUCUCUCGAUGGACUCCUAUAAAUGUAUAAAUACAUAUUUAUCUUGUACUAUCGUAAAUAUUUCGACUGCAUUUCACCUAAUCAUUUAUUUUAUAGAAGAGAUUUACUUGUGAUAACUAGCUCAUAGUAUAAAUAAAUUUAAAAUAAAUCUAAUAAAGUGUUAGAAAUCCGGAUUUAUCGUUUUAAAUAACAAUUUAAAUUUAUAAAUAAAAAU